AUGAGUCGGCCAAUCUCGAUUGCAAAAACUGAUGAUUCUGAAACAGUGGCUUCUCCAACAGAGUCGCUAGUGAAGAGUAUUGGUGCUCAACAAAUAGUCGAUAGCGUCUGUGGCUCACCAUUAAAGUCCUACGGUCGUCACAUUGCUGUCAAUCCCAAAAAUGAGCAUCUCCCAGAUACUCCAGAAUUUCAAUUCGCAGCUUUUAUGCAUCAAGGAGGAAGAGUCAUAGGACAAAACACUGUGCACAUGUUCGGUACACCUCCAUCAUGCGCGUGUACUCAAGAAAACAUACCAAUUAACAACAUGAACAUUCAUAUGAUGAGUACCAUGCCCAACAAUAACUACCUGAAUCCCAACUGGAACGCGAACCCAAUAUUUUCCCAUAACCCUCAUUUGACACAAAUGAUAACGUCACACGCAUGUUCCGAUCUUCCGAUUCACCAAGUUCCGCCCAUGCGUAUUCCAAUUCAACCUAACGCCACGGGAGUUUUUGCUAACACCAAUAGAGAAACUGCGACUUCAGAUGACCUGCUAACUAGAUUUCGUUCUAACCCCUCAAUGAUGAAAGGCUUGAAACUGUCUGACGUUCGAGGAAUGCUUCUCAAGUUUGCGAAAGAUCAAGUGGGUUCGAGAUUCAUCCAGCAAAAACUAGAAUUCUGCGAUAUUAAUGAAAAAGAUGCCAUCUUUGAUGAAGUGGUGGAUAAUGCUGCCGAGCUAGUGGAUGAUAUUUUCGGAAACUACGUCGUUCAAAAGUUUUUCGAGUACGGAGAGGAAAAACACUGGACUCGUCUAGUCGAUGCUGUCGUGGACCGUGUUCCUGAGUAUGCUUUCCAAAUGUAUGCAUGCCGUGUGCUUCAGAAGGCGUUGGAAAAAGUCAACGAGCCUCUGCAAAUAAAGAUUCUCUCUCAAAUUCGCCAUGUUAUUCAUCGUUGCAUGAAAGAUCAGAACGGGAAUCAUGUCAUUCAAAAAGCUAUAGAGAAGGUCAGCCCGCAGUACAUUCAAUUCAUUGUCAAUACUCUCAUGGAGAACCCUGAUAACAUUUUCGACAUGUCUGUUGAUCCGUAUGGAUGCCGCGUCGUACAACGCUGUCUCGAACAUUGCAUUGCAUCUCAGACGAGACCCAUCAUUGAACGCAUUCACGAGCGAUUUGACGACAUCGCUAACAACCAAUAUGGAAAUUACGUGGUUCAGCAUGUUAUUCUACAUGGAACAGAAGCCGAUCGUCUGCUCAUUGUCACAAGAGUCUCGGAAAACUUGUUCGACUUUGCCUCUCACAAGUAUUCAUCGAACGUCAUCGAGAAAUGCUUGGAACGAGGUUCGAUUCAUCACAAAAACAUUAUUGUGAGAGCUGCAUGUAGUCAACCGGACGGAACGAUGCCAAUCGUGGUUCAAAUGAUGAAAGAUCAAUAUGCUAACUAUGUCGUUCAGAAGAUGUUUGAGCAAGUUACACCCGAACAACGUCGUGAACUGAUUCUAACCGUCAGAUCCCACAUCCCUAUUUUGAGACAGUUCGCUCACGGAAAGCACAUUCUCGCAAAGCUUGAUAAGUAUUUCCAAAAACAAGUUGUCAUGAAUUACGGAUAUCACGAAAUUCUGCCAGGAACGUAA